UCAGAUGUAGUUUCAAUAUGAAAUGAAUCUUUAACAGAUAACGCGUCUGGAACAGACCAACCUCCAAUAAAAUUGGAGAGAGACAUAAACCUAACACACACAUACACAAACCAAACAACUAUCGAAGUCUUUCAAUCUUAUCAUUCAAGUCAACGGAAACCAUGGAUUCAGAGAUCGUGUACGACUUCUCUCCAGUGUUCAUAAUCUACAAGAGUGGCCGCAUCGAGCGCCUCACCGGUGAAACCAUCGUCCAAUCUUCUUUAACUCCCCACAACGGCGUCGUUUCUAAGGACGUCGUUUAUUCUCCCGGCGAUAAUCUCUCCGUCCGUAUUUUCCUCCCGGAGAAAGCCGCGAAGACCGGUGAGAAACUCCCUCUCCUCGUUUACUUCCACGGAGGAGCAUUCAUCAUCGAAACCCCUUUCUCACCGACUUACCACACUUUCCUCACGACGGCUGUAUCUGCUUCCGACUGCAUAGCAGUGUCGGUGGAUUACCGGCGUCCACCGGAGCAUCCCAUUCCGAUCCCUUACGAUGAUUCAUGGACGUCUCUCAAAUGGGUAUUCACCCACAUCGCCGGUUGUGGACCGGAGAAUUGGCUGAACAAACACGCCGACUUCAGCAAAGUGUUCCUCGCCGGAGACAGCGC